GCGACCCAUGUUUGAAUAUCAGUUAGAAAGUAGCUUCCCUUCAUUGACCGCCAUUCCAAUUGAUUAAUGAGCUCUUAUUAGUUUCAAAAACCUUACUGCUUCAGCCUUGCUUAAUAUUCAUCGUCAUGGGGAAUUGUUUCACAAAAUCUAACAAGUGUGCUCAUGCUUCUUCCACUAAUUUUUCUGCAGGAAAUACAAAGUCUCAAACUAAAGGACUAAAUCAAGAUUCCAGUUCGACUCAGCAGACGCCUUCAACUUUAAUUACUUCAAAAGUUGAUGAAACAUCGAUGAAUAUAAAUCUCAAGUCGUUUAGCUUCAAUGAUCUCAAGAAUGCGACGAAAAAUUUUCGACAGGAUUUUGUUCUUGGAGAAGGAGGAUUUGGUUGUGUGUUCAAAGGAUGGAUUGAUGAGAACACUUUGUCUCCAACAAAACCAGGAAGUGGAAUUGUGGUGGCUAUAAAAAGACUCAAAGCUGAAAGUUUUCAAGGGCACAAGGAAUGGCUGGCUGAAAUAAACUAUUUGAGUCAGCUUCACCAUCCCAAUCUUGUGAAGCUAAUUGGGUAUUGUGCAGAAUCAGAUAAUAGGCUUCUGGUUUAUGAGUUUAUGCCAAAAGGAAGUUUGGAGAAUCACUUAUUCAGAAAAGGAGUUGAACCAAUUGGUUGGGCCACACGAAUGAAAAUUGCAAUUGAUGUGGCAAGAGGAUUGUCAUUUUUGCAUGGUUUAGACUCCAAUGUUAUCUACCGUGAUUUAAAGGCUUCCAAUAUUCUGCUUGAUUCGGAUUUUAAUGCAAAGCUUUCAGACUUUGGUUUAGCAAGGGAUGGGCCAACUGGUGAUAACACUCAUGUUUCAACUAGAGUUGUAGGAACAAGGGGUUAUGCUGCUCCUGAAUACGUAGCUACAGGUCACUUGAAUCCCAAGAGUGAUGUCUACAGCUUUGGCGUUGUGUUGUUAGAGUUGCUCUCAGGAAGGCGGGCUUUGGACGAUCAAAGAGUUGGAGUUAUCGAAGAAAGUCUAGUGGAGUGGGCAGAACCAUUCCUGAAAGAUGGCCGAAGAGUGUUUAGAAUCAUGGACAUACGGCUGGGCGGUCAGUACUCGAAGAAAGCUGCCCAAGCUGUUGCCGCAGUUGCUUUGCAAUGCCUACAAGAUGAUCCCAAGAACAGGCCUUACAUGGUUAAGGUUCUAGCUGCUUUGGAACAACUCCACACAUCGAAAGACAUGCAAUCCAAACCCCCACAUCCUAAGACUAAGCACACUAAUCACCCUCACAAAACAUCUUCAUCUAUAAAUUAAAUAUCAACACUAUGCAAAUUGUGUGUAAUUCACGGUCUGUAGAAUUAUAGAUUUAUUCUUUGUGUUGUACACAUAACACACACACACACACACACACACACAUAUAUAUAUUAUCU